GUACCCGCCUCCGCCAUCUCUGUGACCGCGGCAGACGACGACAACGAACAACAGAGUGUUUGACUUCAGUGCAGUGUGUUUUCUCCCGUCAAUCUCAACUCUUGUCCUUCCUGACAGGCCGGAGGAAGGUUAUCCCGUCAGGAAAAUGGCUUAUAACUUUCCUGGAGUUCCGGCAACCACCAUGCCGCCUAUGGGUAUGGGACCUAUGGGUCCUCUGGGUCCCAUAGCUGGACCGCAGAGCUUCAUGGAACUUACUGGUCAAGGUUUUCCACCGUUGCCGCCACCCUUGCCACUGCCCGGAAUGAACGACUCGCCUCUCGAGUUCAGUACGAAUAAGAAUCAGCCACCGGUGAUACGGGAAACUACAGACGACAAUAACGACAGAAAGAGCGACAAGAGUGACAACAAGAGAGAUCGGGAAAAUAGAGACAAUCGUGACACGAGAGACAGCAGAAGGUCAAGAAGCGACCGUAACGAUAGGCGCGAUCGAGACCGAGACAGAAGAGACGACAGAAGCGAUCGAGACAGAAGGGACGAUCGGAGAGGAGACGAGAGGAAUAACGCGAAUUCUUCCAAAAAUAGCAACAACCUCCCAAACAGUUCCAAAAACAACGAAGUCUUAUCCACCACAAAUACGAGCAACAUUUCGAGUAUAGGCACGCAAAUGGAAUCUGCCGCGAGCGUAUGGGGAAUGGGAGUGGGUUAUCCCAUGAUGGGGAUGAGCCCGAUGGGACCGAUGGGUCCUAUGAUGGGCGAAAUGACGUUGGGUCCGCACAUGAGCCACACGCACGGUUACAAUCCGAUGAGUGUGAGCAUGAUGUCGCACGACGGCAUGAUAAACGCCCAGAUACUUGGCGCUGAACAAAUUAUGUCGGACGCGGCGCAGAUAAUGACCGCGAGUUUACCGCCGCCGCCCACACCACCUCAGAAUACCAAGGAGAUCAUACACUGCAAGAGCUGCGUGUUGUUUCCGCCGAAUCCGAACGCACCGCCGCCCACCACGCGAGAGCGACCACCAGGAUGUAGAACGAUCUUUGUCGGAGGUCUGCCCGAAAAUAUCACGGAAACUAUAAUACAGGAGAUAUUCGAACGUUGUGGGGAAAUAAGUACUCUGCGUCUUUCUAAGAAAAACUUUUGCCAUAUACGAUUUCUUUUGGAAGCGAGCGUCGACGCGGCUAUUUAUUUGUCCGGUUAUAGAGUAAAAAUAGGACAAAGCGGAGAAUCCGCGAACACCGGUAGACUUCAUGUGGACUUUGCUCAGGCUAGAGAUGAUCAAUACGAAUGGGAGUGCAAACAACGACAGCUGCAGAGAGAACAACGUCAUAGAGAGAGGGUGGAAAAGGAAAGACAAAGACCACCGUCGAGUCCGCCCCCGGUGGUCCACUACACCGAUCACGAAGCGUCAAACAUCUGUGAGAAAAUUAAACAAGACGACACGUUUAUGAUAGCAGUACAAGUUGUUGUAACGUGGUUAGAGCGAGGGGACUGCACGAAACGCAACGCCAAUACCUUCUAUUCUAUGAUACAAUCGACCAAUUCGCACGUACGACGACUUCUGACGGAGAAAGCCUCGUACGAGGAGGAGCUUCAAAAGGCCAAGGAACUGAUGAAAGGAAGAAUGCAGGGACUUCUCAUACAAUUCAGUCAGAUCGAACGAGUCUUUACUGCGGCGAGCCACAAGAAGGUCUGGGAUCACUUCACUAAGGCGCAACGGAAGAACAUCGAAAUGUGGAAGAAGCAAUCUUCGGAAAUAAAAGCGGUGCAAUUGGAAGACAGUCUGAUCGAGGGCGAGGGUGAGAUGGACGUGUCGGAUUCGGAAGAGGAACCGCAACGUAAAAAAACGCGCAAUCAAACGGACGGUACUGAAGAUGUUGAAAAACUGCAAACUCUGAAAGAGGAGAACGACAGUCUGAGAUGUCAACUGGAAGCGUACAAAAAUGAGGUGGAUCUUCUGAAGUCAGAAACGAAAGCGGAGUUGGAGGCGAAGGAGAAGCAAAUGAAGAUGUUGCAACAGACGUUGAAGGGAAUGCAAGAGCAGCUGAUGCAAUCGCGCAAGCAGCUGGCGCAGGACGAUCAGAAGAUUAAGGAUUUGACGAUCAAGUUGAACGCUACAAAGAAAGACGAGCCCAGAGAGAGCGAAAUCAUCACCCUCGACAAAGACGACGACAUAAGCGAGGAGCCGCGUACGCCAAAGCAGCACAUCCUUACCGCCAACUUUGUGCAAGUUACUCAGAAAGAUGCCAAGCUCAUUGGACUUAUAGCGACGUUUCUACACAUUCAUCCGUUCGGUGCGAGCGUGGACUAUUUGUGGUCCUAUUUGCAGAAAAUGGAACCCGGCAUCAAACCGAACGAAGUCGAAGUUCUGAUGCAGCGUUUCCCACAGGUGUUCAAACAAGAGCUGUUCGGUAUCGGUGCAAAUAUGGAGAGGCGUUGGCAGUUUUCAGGAUUUAACGUUUAUCGCAACCAUUGAUGAAGAUCUCUACUACUGAAUGUAAAAAAAAAAAAAAAAAAAUGACAAGAAAGUACACUUCUAUUGUUGUUCCUUUCUCGUUUACUUAUAAAUAUGACUCAUAAGUGCAAUCGGUGAUAAAUAAGUGUAUAGCUUUUGACUAAUUUUGAUGUGUGAAUAAAAGUACCUUCAAUAAUUCA